CCCAAAUUUCCCAUAGACAGCAAACGCAGCACCAGGACCAGCCUGCCUUACAUUGUUCACGUUGAUUUCUCCGGUUCAACCAGCAUUUUGUCUUCCGUGAGCCAAACCGGGGUCACAGGCUCCCACAAAACGCAUGAAAUCUCGGCUACAUUUUACAGCGGGACACGCACCGGCAAACUCUCUAACAUGAGGAGGAUUGUUGGUUGUAACCCUGCCCAGACCGGAGGCUGCUGGUAGGGAUGGUGCCGCUGUGAAGAGCCGGUGUGCCGUUUUUCUUUUUUUUUUUUUUUUCCCGGAGGACAUGCCUGUUGUCGGAGGAAAAGGGAGGAAGUGCCUGGACAACAUGACUGUUUUCAACCAGGAAAAUGUUGAGGAAUUUUAUGAAAUUGGAGACGAGCUGGGGAGCGGCCAGUUCGCUGUGGUCAGAAGAUGUCGGCACAGGAGUACGGGCGUGGAGUACGCUGCCAAAUUCAUCAAGAAGCGGCGCAGCAAGUCGAGUCGACGAGGGGUGACGAGGGAAGACAUCGAGCGCGAGGUGAACAUCCUGAAGGAGAUCCAGCACCCCAACAUCAUCACGCUCCACGAGGUCUUUGAGAACAAGACAGACGUCAUCCUGAUCCUGGAGCUUGUGGCCGGCGGUGAGCUCUUUGACUUUCUGGCAGAGAAGGAGUCACUGAGCGAGGAGGAAGCCACUCAGUUCCUCAAGCAGAUCCUGGAAGGAGUCUUCUACCUGCACUCUAAACAAAUCGCUCACUUUGACCUGAAGCCAGAGAACAUCAUGCUGCUGAGCCGUUCAGUGCCUCACCCACGCAUCAAGAUCAUUGACUUUGGCUUGGCUCACAAGAUAGAUUUUGGCAAUGAUUUCAAAAACAUUUUUGGUACUCCAGAAUUUGUAGCUCCAGAAGUAGUCAACUAUGAACCUUUGGGCCUGGAGGCAGACAUGUGGAGUGUCGGUGUGAUAACCUACAUCCUUCUGAGCGGUGCGUCUCCCUUCCUGGGUGACAACAAGCAAGAGACUCUAGCCAACGUGUCGGCCGUGGACUACACGUUUGACGAGGAGUUCUUCAGCAAUACCAGCGUCCUGGCCAAAGACUUCAUAGCAAGGCUGCUUGUCAAAGACCCCAAAAAGAGAAUGACCAUUCAAGACAGUCUCCAGCACCCCUGGAUCAAGCCAAAAGAUACUCAGCAAGCACUGAGCAGAAAGGAGUCAGCUGUCAACAUGGAAAAGUUCAAGAAGUUUGCAGCUCGAAGAAAAUGGAAACAAUCCGUCCGACUUAUCUCCUUAUGCAACCGCCUGUCCCGCUCCUUCCUGUCCAGAAGCAACAUAAGUGUGGCGCGCAGCGAUGACACAUUGGAUGAGGAAGACUCCUUUGUAAUGAAGGCCAUCAUCCACGCCAUAAACGAUGACAACGUGCCCGGUUUGCAGCAUCUGCUCGGCUCCUUAAACAGUUACGACGUCAACCAGCCAAACAAGCAUGGGACUCCUCCCCUCCUGAUUGCAGCCGGCUGUGGUAACAUUCAAAUCAUCGAGGUGCUGAUGAGAAAAGGUGCAGAGAUCCAGGCCCACGACAAGAGCGGAGCCAACGCUAUCUACUACGCAGCGAGACACGGCCACGUGGAGACCCUGAAAUUCCUCCAUGAAAAGAAAUGCACCCUGGAUGUCCAAGAUAAGUCUGGUGAGACUGCUCUUCAUGUGGCAGCUCGUUAUGGCAAUGUAGAUGUGGUGAGCUACCUGUGCAGCAUCCGGGCCAACCCCGACCUGGCUGAUAGGGAGCAGGAGACCCCGCUGCAUUGUGCUGCAUGGCACGGAUACUCAGCAGUAGCCCGGGCACUCUGCCAGGCAGACUGCCAUGUGGACGCAAAGAACCGCGAGGGUGAGAGUCCACUGCUGACAGCAUCUGCUCGGGGCUUUGUGGACAUCGUGGAAUGCCUGGUGGAGCACAGGGCAGAUCUAGAAGCAACUGACAAGGACGGCCACACAGCGCUCCACCUGGCUGUACGGAGGUGUCAGGUUGAAGUGGUCCGCUGCCUCCUCAAACACCACUGCCAUCUGGAUCAGCAGGAUCGCCAUGGCAACACGCCACUGCACAUUGCCUGUAAGGACGGAAACCUGCCCAUUGUCAUGGCGAUCUGCAGCGCCAAGGCAAGCCUCGACCUCCCCAACAAGUAUGGCAGAACUCCCCUUCACCUGGCCGCUAACAACGGGAGCCUUGAGGUUGUCCGUCACCUCUGCCUGGACGGUGCUAACAUUGACGCCGUCACUAACGAUGGGAAGACAGCAGAGGAUCUGGCUUACGCUGAUCAACAUGAACCCAUCGUUUCUUUGUUGGGCAAGCUUAAAAAGGACAACCACAAACUGAGCUACAUCCAGCAGCUGCGGCCCACUCAGAACGUCCAGCCUAGGAUCAAGCUGAAGUUGUUCGGACACUCUGGAGCUGGGAAGAGCACCUUACUGGAGUCUCUGAAAUGUGGCAUCCUGCGCAGCUUCUUCAGGAGGAGAAGGACACGCAUGACUAACACAGCCCGCCACCCCAACUCCCCCAUCAACUCCAAACCUGCUGUGUCAGUGAGUAUUUCUAACUUGUACCCAGGCUGUGAGAAUGUGAGCGUGCGGAGUCGCAGCAUGAUGUUUGAGCCCAGCCUGACCAAAGGUGUCCUGGAGGUCUUCUCCCCCGUCCACAAUGCUCUGUCCACAGCUGACGAACAGGCAACAAAGGCCAUCGACAUCCAGCACGCCAACAUCCACGGUGUUGGGGACUUCAGCGUGUGGGAGUUUUCAGGGAACCCGGUCUAUUACUGCUCCUACGAUUACUUUGCGGCCAAUGACCCCACAGCGAUCCACUUGGUUCUGUUCAGCCUGGAGGAGCCGUACGAGACCCAGUUGGGCCACAUCACCUACUGGCUGAACCUGCUGAAAGCCCUCACCCUGCCACAGGACAACAUUGCGUUUGGAGGUCGGGUCCAGCAGCCUCUGAUAGUCGUCCUUGUGGCGACACACGCUGACCUUGCUGACGUUCCCAGAGCUUUCUCUGGAGAGUUCAGCUACGAUAAGGAGAAAGUGCUGCUCAAGGAAGUCAGGAACAGGUUUGGGGUCGACCUGGUGAUCAGUGACAAAUUGUUUGUGAUGGAUGCUGGAGCCUCAAACUCCAGAGACGUGAAGCUGCUGAGGAGUCACCUACAGGAGCUGCGCACCAACAUCAUCUCUGGGUGUAGCCCCAUGACGCUGCUUUCAGAGCGUUUGCUGACCACCUUGCCGGCCUGGAGGAAGCUGAGUGGACCAAACCAGCUGACAUCAUGGCAACAAUUUGUGAGCGACGUCCAGGAGCACAUCAACCCCCUGGUCAGCCAGGAUUACCUUCGCACACUGGCUCUGCAGCUCCACAGCAUGGGGGAGAUCAACAUCAUGCAGAGUGAGACGGUGCAGGACGUUGUUCUGCUUGAGCCUCGCUGGCUCUGCAGCAACGUCCUCGGCAAGCUGCUUUCUGUGGAGACGCCCAAGGCCAUCCACCACUACAGGGGACGCUACAGGCUGGAGGAGGUGCAGGCUCUGGCUCCUGAAAGUGACGUGGACGAGCUGCUCCAGAUCCUAGAUGCCAUGGACGUUUGCGCCCGCGAUGCCACCAACCCCUCCAUGGUGGACGUUCCUGCCCUCAUCAAGACAAACGGCCUCCACCGCUCCUGGACCGAAGAAGAAGAGGAGGAGUCUCUGCUCUACGGUGGGGUACGGCUCGUCCCUGCUGAGCACCUUACCCCCUUCCCCUGUGGCCUCUUUCACAAACUGCAGGUAAACCUGUGUCGUUGGAGCCACCAGCAGAAGCCCGAGGAGGAGGGCGGAGAGGAUUUUGAUGGAGAUAUCCACCUGUGGACCAACGGAGCCAAGGUGAGCCAGGCGGGAGUAGAGGCCAUGAUCCUGCUGGUCAACCACGGCCAGGGGUUGGAGAUUCAGGUGCGUGGACAUGACUCAGAGCGGGCCAAAUGCUACACCCUGUUGGACACCGUCUGCAGUAUAACAGAGAACUUGCUGGCCUCCACACUCCCCGGACUGCUCACAGCCAAAUACUACCUGAGUCCUCAGCAAUUGCGGGAACACCACGCCCCCAUCAUGAUCUACCAACCCAAAGAUUUCUUUCGGGCCCAGGUCCAGCGGGAAACCUCGCUCACUAACACCAUGGGUGGUUACCGAGAGAGCUUCAGCAGCAUCCUGUCUUUCGGCUGUGCUGAAGUUUACCAGCAGGGAACUCUGGGAACGGACAUCCACAUAUCAGACAUCCCACUUUUGGCUCGCAGGAAGCUGUGCCGCAUGCUGGACCCUCCUGACGCUCUGGGGAAAGACUGGUGUUUGCUGGCCAUGAACCUCGGCCUCACAGACUUGGUGGCCAAAUAUAGCAACGGGACUCCAAAUGGCACCCCUGAGCUGGACUCCAACCCUGACUCCCAGCAGGCCACGCUGCAGCCCAGCCCAACAGCGGCGCUGCUGCAGGAUUGGAGCGGGCGAGCGGACAGCACAGUGGGUGUGCUGAUGGCCAAACUGAGGGAGCUUGGUCGCAGAGACGCCGCCGACUUCCUGCUCAAAGCUUCUCCUGUUUUCAGGGUCAACAUGGAAGCAGUAGGAGGUGCCGCUAACGGCUACCCCCCCACCUGUAACGGUGGCACAUCGUACAACUCCAUCAGCUCUGUCAUAUCUCGCUGAACAGGGUCGGCUUUCUGUCCUCUCCAAACGUGAGAUAGCCUGAUGUGACAUUUUCCCUGAAACAGGACAGUCACAGACAUGCGUGUGAAUGAACAUGUGCAAUUGUUACCAGAGUCCAGCUGCUUGUUCCUUAAUCUCUCCAUUAAGUUGGUGUAUGAACCAUGUUGUGUUUGUGCUCUCCACACCUGUACAACUGACCCUUCCUUCCACUAUGAAUGUUGUGAAAGAGCUGAUUGUCCUGAGCUCCAAAGAGGAAUCCAGUGCUUUUAUUCAGUUCUUAAUCUUGUUGUGCUGCUUUUAUCCCUUCUACUCUACUGCAAGUCUCACUUAUCUUACAGCUGAAAGACAGAAAGUACAGAAACGAUCCAUUUUUAAAGCUUUCAACUCUACAUUAAGGAAUGGAUGUGGUUCAAAAGAUGGCAACCUCAUAUUUGGACCUUUUUCAUAUGUAUCCUGAAGUGAAAAACUUAAAUGUACAUGUUGGAGGCUGCCAUCUUUACGCACUCCAUCCAUCACAGUUACAUAUAAUAUUAUCUCCCUCCUUGCUUCUGUUUUACUGAUGUGACAUUUGGCCAUUCAGUUUCGUGUUUAAUAGAUUAACAGCAUUUUUCAGAGUGCCUUUGUGGCCUUCUACCUCCCUAAAGAGCACAAAUAGUUUUGUUGUUAUAAAAACAGUAGUUCUUUCCAAACAUUUGAAGAACUGUGCCUUGUCAACACUAAUAGUAAAAUAAAUUUCAAUCAAGCCUAUUGGGCAGCUUACAUUUUAGACAGGAAAGGGUUAAUGAAUAAUAAAUAAUAAAAAAAAAAACGAAAGCUCGCAUAGGCUCAUGCAGGUUUUGUCAAAAAACAAACAAACAAAACUGAAAUCAGUGAUCAGAUUUCUGCUGUGUUGUGUUCAGUGUCUGGGAGUCAAUGCAGGAGAUAAAACAUGUUCAAUCUUCUCUCAUAUUAGAGUCAGCGUGGAGUCCCUGUCAUGCUCUGUGGGGGUCAAACGCAAACAAUGUCUUUCAUAAUUUCUGUUUAUGUAGGUUUAUACAGAUUAUUUUGUCAUUAAUCCAACAACAGAACUCUCUUUUGAUUUUUCAUUCAUUUUUGGUGACACUUUAUUUUUAUGGGUCCUGUAAUUGUAAUUUCCCUGGAGGUUUCCUGGAAAGAAUUGUGAACUGCAGUGACAAUAGACAACAUUAUGCAGCUAUUUGAUUUGAGUUAUUGUAUUGAAUAUAUGCAGUUUAGUUCGCUUUAGAGGAACUGCCUUGAUAUAGCUGCUAAUAUGUAAAUGAAACUCUGUUCAGCUGACCUGCUGGUUAAAAUGAUCUGCAGGUUACACUAACAGCUGCAACAGUAAAGUUUUAGUCUAUUUUGGGUCAUUGAUUUUUUUCAGCCCCACAACUCCUCUCUCAUCAAUCCAUUUUCCAGCAUCAGAGAGGGCAUCUGCUUUUACUGAUGAACACAUCGUGCACUACCAUCCCAGCACCAAACAGCAGACAGAGGAAGUUAGUGUUAGUUGGUGAACAUAGUGGAGCUAAACACACAAAACAUGUUCACACAAACAAUUAAGCAGCAUUAAUUCAUUGUAAGUGUACCAGUUAGAACGCUAUGCUACAGUUUAUACUAUUUAGGGCUGAAAUAUCUAAAUAAAAUGAUAGAAAGUUGAAAAAAUCUUUUAAAAGAAGCAGAAGAAAACCAGCAAAUAUUUACAUUUGCAAAGCAACAAUCAUUGUCUUAAAAAAUUACUUUAACAAAAUUGUUGCUUGUUCAUUUUCAGUUAUUGAUGAAUCAACUAAUCCUUUCAGCCAUAGUAAUAAUUUUCGCAUAGUAUGCAGUGUUUUACAGUUAGUGCACAAGUCAGGAAAUGCUUCUUAAUGAGACUGUGAUGGCGGUUUCACUUCACAAAGGUCUUUCUAAAGAUUGAAUACUAUAACAAAUUUAUUUAACUUUUGCAAAUGUAAGCAGCUCACCUAUUUCCCUUCUCCUAUAGUUAUUACCAGAUUUCCAGGUGUCACUGGAUAAGUUUACAUUUACAUAUCCCUUCCUUUCUUGGAAAUAUCAAACUAUGGGACCUGUAAAUUAAAGUGUUGCUAUAAAUGUUUUAACUUGAAAGUCUGUUUACGCAUUUUCAAUUUAUCCAAAGGGACCUUUAGCCAUUUUGAUAGAAACAUUUUUGUUGCCCCAAAGUACAUUGUCUUAUUGAAGUUAAGAGUAUUUGAUGAUGAAGAUCACCAUGGCAGACACGGUGGAGCUCACAGUGCUGAGCUUCAGGGUCGUUCUAAGCUUCAGGGUCCAACCGAGACCCCCAAACUGUGCACUCACUCACUAGUUACUUUGAAUAAAAAGUGCCACCAAAAAGGAUAAAAGUUAUAUUAAGAAAAGUAGAUUUUUACCAUUUUCUACUAGACUAAAAGAUAAUUCUAUCCAGAGCCAUCGGUUUCAGUAAACACACCUGAUGCUGCACCUUUUCAUGCUUUCUCAACAGGUUCGCUAAGACGUCAGCAAUCAAGUUACCGUCCGCGGUGUCAGAUUUGUACAUAGUGGCAUCGACGCCGCUUCUGUCCAGCUAAAUUUGAGCUUCUGUCAGUGUUGGUUGGCCAAGCGUGGCGUCACAUCUUCUUUCACUUUGUCUUUUUAUAUCAUGAAUCUGCAGGCCGAAUCAAGUCAGCAAAAGCAGGGAAAAGAUGUAUACAUAAAGUUAGUAUUGUUACCUGAAAUAAGGCCAAAGGCUGCUGAUGACAGAACAUAUUUGUGGAAAAGCAUUUUUGCUUUGUGUAAGCUGGUACUUUAUAAUGUUUGUGAACCAGAAAAAAAUUGCUCCUUUUUCAGUACAUGUGUGACGAUGUUGAGAAGACGCUUUCAUUCCUAAAAGGUUAGACUUUGUUGAUGUAAAGGGCCUUUUUCAGGUCACAGUUUGAUAGAAAAAGAUGAGCUCUGUGCCAGAGUGCAGUAUUUCCUGUCCGCUUUACUUCCCCAGUGUUACCAUCUGUUUACAGAGAUAAAACUGUAAAGACUAUUUCCAAUACUGUACUUCUCUCACUAUUUUUGUCUCAGCCUGAACUUGCCAAUCGACACAGCAAACUUCUAGCUGUGGUGUAAAUACUUAAAUCCCGUUCUUCGACCUCAUCCUCACUUUUCUGAUCUCACUUUAAGCCUUUUUUUUCCGCCCAAAUAUGUUGAUUCCAAUGAGGCAAAAUGAAUGUACAACACAUCUUUCCUAAAAAAAAAUAUGGUUACAAGUAAAAACAAAUCAAAGAUAUGGUGAUAAAACAUGAUGAAAUGAAAUGUCCCAAACUGGUCAGAAACAUCAUUUUAUUUGUCUUGUUUUAUUAAGCUUUUGUUGAAGUUGUGUAUAAUUGUUGCCAAUGUUGUGUGCCUAAAACACACUCGUUCAUUCCUCUAUUACCGCCUUGUACAGUACACAAGGGAAGUGAAUAUUAAGGUUCUCUUGUUUAAGAAAAAGAGGCACACUUUUGGGGUUUUUUUUGUUGUUUUUUUUGUAAAAGCUGGGAAUCACUUAUAAUAUUAUCAAAUUUGUCUCUGUUUGGUGUCUUUUUUUCCGGAGGGUUCUGACUGUGAGUCUGACCGAAACAAGUGGGUUUAAAAAGUGUUCUCAAAAUAUUUUCCUGAUUGUUUCUGUUGAUGAGGAAAGACGUACUCGAUAUUACUCUUGAGUGAAUUUUUCCCCUCUGUGACUCCGGUCUAAUCGCCACAUUGCACAAGUCUUUUUGUCGCUAUUUAUGUUACAUUAUUUUAGCAUGUCUUGGAAUGCCAUGUUCUUAGUACUUCUGACACUUUAUAGUGUAAUACAUUUUAUAAUAAAUUCUUUACCUAAUA